AUGGGCUGGUAUGGCCCGCGCUGUGAUAUGCUACUUAUUCUGCGGCUUUUCAUCAUCAUUGUCUCUGCCGUGGGUGCUUCUUCGAUUAUUGGUUCCCUCUUCGUCCUAACGACGGCCAGCCAGACCCUCCGCGCCUUCAUUAUCGUGAUCGGCGUGGUGUUGAUGCUUGUCAGCGUGGUGGCUUGGAAAGUGCUCUCCGUGGAAAUUGUCGGAAGACCUCCUGUGGAUCGAGUAUUUUUGCGUGCUUAUCAGGCGAACUACUUCGAUCACCGGAAUCGUCCCUUGUCGGGAGGCCGAUUUCUUCGAAGAUCGACCAGCUCGAAUGGUUUUCGGUGUUCAACUGCCCCGAUGCUGAUCCCGCGUCCACAAUUCUGCCACGAUUCGCCACCAACAAUGUUGGCACCUCCACCACCACCCAGUUAUGAUCAAGCACAACAGGGGCAAGGAGGGCAACAAGGAGAUGUCGAAGCUGGAGACAGGGAGAGACAAUAUGCACCUCCGAUCUACUCAAUAUGUGGUGCCGUUCAAAGAAUCUGCACCACUUCUCCGCCACCAAGAUAUUCCAGCCCGGUCGAUGUUAUAUUACGGCCUCCAUCCGACAUCGAAGUGCGUGUAAUUGACUGUCGUAAAUCAACGCCAACAGCCUUCCAUUUCCCACCCGCGGCUUGCUCAAAUAUU